GUGCCGAAGCCAUUAUAUUAUAUGUAAUGUCUGUUUUGCAUGGGCAUCGACUAACUUACCCUUUCAUGGCUUUCUAUUGCAUUCCCAUGAUUCGAACCUAAGACCUUUAGGUCCUCUACCUAAUGAAUCAUAUUGUAUGAAAAUAUGAUUUCUUCUAUUCUCCUUUAACUUCUGAAGAAAUUAAUAAAUUAUAUGUAAAAGCCAUAGCAUUUCGUAUUGUAUGUGCCAAUUGUCAUUUAGCUAAUAAGUCCGUGGAUAUUAAGAUCCCACAAGCGGUACUUCCUGAUAUUGUAUUUGAAGCAGUUGUUGCCAAGAAGAACAAAAGGACUGAGAUACGUAAUGGAUCUUGAAGUACUAUUUCUGCAUCUCCUAGUCAUUAGAUAGAGGUCUUGGGUUCGAAUUGGGGGACGCGAUAGAAAGUUGUGAGUGGGUAAGUGGGUAGUUGCCCACCCAAAGUGGACAGUACGUAUGAUAUAAUGGUUUGAGCUCAUAGGCUGAGUUGUUACAGUCUACUUUACCCAUAGUGGGCAUGUUUAUAGGUGAGAGAGAGGGGGUCAGGAGGGGUGGAUGAAACAUUAGCCCACCAUUCGUCCUAAAAUGAUGUUUUAAUUGCUAAUGAGCACGCUAUUUGUAAAUUGAUUCUUCAAUGCUUCAUUGAUUUUUUGUCCUCAUUUAGAGACGAAGUGAGGAGCUUGCUGUUGCUUCUGGAGAACAGAUGGAGGCUAUUAGCAGCACCGAAAGCAAAAACACAAUUGGAAGAAAAAGAAGUAAUAGUAUGGCACAAGGAUUUUCUAGUUCACCAAUUAUUUACAAUGAUGAGUUUGACACUUCAGUGGCAAUGUUUAACAUAGCAGUUACCUGGUUCCAUCUUCAUGACUACGCAAAAUCGUAUUCAUAUUUGGAUACUUUGUAUCAGAACAUUGAACCCAUUGAUGAGGGGAUGGCUCUUCGUAUUUGCCUUUUGUUGCUAGAUGUUGCUUUGCUUUCUGGCCAUGCAUCAAGAUCUGCGGAUGUGAUAAGCUACAUGGAGAAGGCUUUUGGCAUCAAUAGCUUGAUGAAUCAAGCAGACAAUGGAAUCCCAACACAGCAGCAACCAACACUAGUAUCAAAAUCGGUUUCACUUCCCAGCAAUUUGACAAUACCUGAUUCUUCUACUUCUGUUGCUUCUGCAAAUAUCUUAGAAAAUUCUUUAUCUAGAACUGGAUCAGACGAAGCACUUGAAGAAGAAUCGCUGCAGUUAUUAUCUUCUUUCGAUAUCAGUGGACAGAACCUUCGAAGGCCUGGCCUCCCAUUUUCUGAUGAUCUUCUCAGGACACAAACUGAGGAGCCCCUAUCAGCCAUUGAUCUGAGGCUUAAACUGCAUUUUUACAAGGUUCGAUUUUCGCUGCUCAUGAGGAACCUCAAGGCAGCCAAGCGCGAAGUUAAGAUGGCUAUGAACAUAGCUCGUGGCAAAGAUUAUACCACGGCUCUCUAUUUGAAGUCACAGCUCGAAUUUGCUCGAGGGAACCACAGCAAAGCAAUCAAGCUUUUGAUGGCAUCUAGUAGCCGCACGGAAACUGGAAUUUCUAGCAUGUACUACAACAAUAUCGGUUGCAUAUAUUACCAACUUGGGAAGCAUCACACUUCAGGUGUAUUCUUUUCCAAAGCCCUAAAUAGCAGCUCACUCAUACGGAAGGAAAAACCUCUGAAUCUCAUGACUUUUUCUCUGGAUAAAUCCCUUUUUAUUACUUAUAAUUGUGGCGUGCAACAGUUGACUUGUGGGAAACCUUUCCAAGCUGCUCGAUGUUUCAAGCGGGCCAGUCUAAUUCUUAACAAUAGACCUGUUUUAUGGCUAAGAAUUGCAGAGUGUUGUAUAAUGGCACUAGAGAAGGGCCUAAUCCAAUCCAAUCCCUCUUCAUCUGACAGAUCUGACAUCAUGGUUAAUGUUAUUGGAAAGGGAAAAUGGAGACAACUUGCAGUGAAAAAUGGAAUCUCGACAAAUGAUGAGCAGGAACUUGUUUUAAAGGAAGAUUUGUUUUCUGUUGACGGCAAACAGCUUGAUCUCUCAAUGUCUCUUGCCCGACAGUGUCUUGUCAAUGCGUUGCAUUUACUGGAAUCUUCCAAGGCAAAUUUUACUAGCCCUAGUUUGUCCCCAAGUUUUGAGGAGAGUGUCUCAAGAGAAACACCAUUUUCUCCUAGCACAAACCACAAGAACAUAGCUAGUGGUGACCUCAAGACAUCUGAUGUAGCAUCUGGAUCUAGUGAGGUUGAGGGAAAUGGUGAAAUGAAAGAGCAAAAAGGUGGAAGCAGUCAGAAUACACUGUUACAGGAAUUUUCUUCUGACAAUGAAGAUAUUUGUGCAAAGGAGAACCAUAUGAUAAAGCAAGCAGUAUUAGCUGAUAUGGCAUAUGUGGAGCUGGCUUUGGGAAAUCCCCUGAAGGUCUUAACGAUAGCGAGUUCUCUAUUAAAACUGCCCCAGUGCUCAAGAAUAUACACCUUUCUUGGAAGAAUGUAUGUAGCCGAGGCUUUAUGUCUACUUAACCAGCCUAAGGAAGCUGCUGAGCAUUUGAUCGUGUAUUUGUCUGAUAAUGACUCUGUGGAGCUUCCAUACAGCCAAGAGGAUUGCGAAAAGUGGAGAGUAGAAAAGGUGAUAGAUUACGACGAGACAAAUGGUCCCUCAUCACUGGAUGAAUCACAAUUACCAUUUUUCUCCACACCUAUGGAAGCUCAGGGAAUUCUUUAUGCAAACUAUGCUGCCAACUAUGCAUUGCUGGGAGACAUCGAAAGGGCCCACCUAUUUGUGGUAAAAGCGUUAUCCAUAAUACCUAAUUGUAAACAGGCUAUUCUUACUGCAAUUUAUCUGGAUCUUAAGCUCGGGAAGGCACAAGAAGCUGUUGCCAAGUUGAAACAGCACACCGGUGUUAGGUAUGUCUCUUGCAGUACGACAUUGCAAGGCUGUUCAUGAAGGUUGAUUAAUCGUUCAAGCCCACAGCGCACUCUGAGUUAGGAGGUAGGUUCAUAAUCCUCUCAGAGAGGAUUUUGUAACAUAUAUAUAGUUCAAUUCAGAGAAUAAGCUUUAAUGUUUCAGUUUUUUAGUUCAUCAAAUUUAGUUGUAGAUUUUAGUUAUUCAUGGUGCAGCAUAAUUUUGAUUAAUGUAAAUCUCCACCCAUAAAAUUUGAGAUUUGGGGUGAUGUGGAUUUAGGGCAUGAUUAGUUCAGAUUCAGCAUCAUAUAGAGAGCAGUAGCUCUUGAGAAGACGAAGACAAAGACGCAUCAAAUUAUCUUAUAGAGUUAAUUGUUGAGUCAUUUUCAUUUUAGACUUUUCUUCCAAUGCAUCCCCGCUUUUUUUGCCUUUGUAAAAAAGGUUGAAAUAGGGAAGUGAUUAUGCAAUUUGUAAGCUCUUAGUCCUCCUUUAAUGUGUCCUGGAUUUUGUACCUUAUGUAUGUGAGGUUCAUUUGGUAA